UUGGCUGGGAGGGACAUGGCCUGGUGGCCGAUUGGAUCGUCUCUCUUUGCCAGUUCAGAGGGCUCAGGUCUGUUCAUCGGUCUGGCGGGGACGGGAGCUGCCGGAGGCAUCGCUGUCACCGGCUUUGAAUGGAAUGCCACCUAUGUGUUGCUGGCUCUAGCCUGGGUAUUUGUGCCUGUCUACAUCUCCUCAGGGAUCGUGACCAUGCCAGAGUAUCUGGGACGUCGCUUUGGAGGAGAGAGGAUCAGAACCUACCUGGCUGUCCUCUCGCUGAUGUUGUCCGUCUUCACAAAGAUUUCAACUGACCUGUACUCUGGAGCCUUGUUUGUUCAGGUGUGUCUUGGGUGGAACCUGUACCUGUCUACCGUCCUCAUGCUGGUGGUCACUGCGCUCUACACCAUUGCAGGUGGUCUCGCUGCUGUCAUUUACACAGACACCCUCCAGACGUUUAUCAUGCUCAUUGGUGCAAUUAUCCUAACAGUCACUGCUUUCAAUAAGAUUGGUGGCUACAGCCAGCUGGCCGAGCAGUACAGCAGAGCGAUACCAAGUAAAAUUAUUCCCAACAGUACCUGCCACCUGCCACGGCAGGACGCCAUGCACCUGUUCAGAGACGCCGUCACCGGAGACCUUCCCUGGCCCGGGAUGACUCUGGGGCUCACCAUACUGGCCACAUGGUACUGGUGUACCGACCAGGUUAUCGUACAAAGGUCCCUAUCGGCUAAGAACAUGAGUCAUGUGAAAGGAGCCUCCAUCUUUGCCGCCUAUCUAAAGAUGUUGCCCUUUAUCUUCAUCGUCCUCCCUGGCAUGAUCAGUCGAGCUCUCUACCCCGACUCUGUAGGCUGUGUGGAUCCAGAGGAGUGUGUGCGAGUGUGUGGAGCUGAGGUUGGAUGCUCCAACAUUGCUUUCCCCAAACUGGUCAUUGAACUCAUGCCAAGCGGCCUUCGGGGACUUAUGAUAGCUGUGAUGAUGGCCGCUCUGAUGUCUUCGCUGACGUCCAUCUUCAACAGCAGCUCCACGCUCUUUACCAUGGACAUCUGGAAGAAGCACCGGCCACGAGCCUCUGAGAGAGAGCUGCUGCUGGUUGGCAGGAUUGUGACCGUGAUUUUGGUGGUGGUGAGCGUGGUCUGGAUCCCCAUCCUCCAGUCAGCCAACAGCGGGCAGCUGUACGUUUACAUCCAGUCGGUGACGAGCUACCUCGCUCCACCCGUCACUGCUGUUUUCACUCUGGCCAUCUUCUGGAAGAGGACCAAUGAGCAGGGCGCCUUCUGGGGUCUGAUGGUGGGUUUGGUGGUCGGCGUGUGCAGGAUGGUGCUGGAGUUUGCCUUCCCUCCUUCCAGAUGUGGCGUUGAGGAUUCGGCACCUGCGGUGCUACGUGGUGUCCACUACCUCCACUUCGCCAUUCUGCUCUGUGGGCUCACGGCAAUUGUGGUUGCCGUUGUAUCACUGCUUACACCACCGCCCACUCACGAACAGGUGUGUAACCUAACCUGGUGGACAAUAACUGAAGAGCCAAAAAGAGACAUUCCUCUGCAAAAAGUGUCCUCCAUCAGCCACCGUAGCUCCCAGGACUCUGAACCAACACGGCGGGUGACGACAUGUGGUCAGAGGGCAGGACUGUGUAUCUCAGCAGUACGGCGAUCAGAGGAGACUCCAGCUCCCAGAGUCCCCAGCAUUCGAGAGAGCGUGUUGUGGUCGAGGUUCUGCUGUUUCAACGCUCUCCUGCUGGUCAGCAUUAACAUUUUUCUCUAUGCAUACUUUGCCUGAGGUGAGGUCAGAUUUAACAUCUGGCCUCAGCUGAACUGUAGUCCCUCCAACACGAGCUGGAAAGUGAUCCCUCUAGAUCCAAGAAUGUGAAGAAACAAACAGGUUUUUGCUCAGAUUUCACUCGAAUCAUUAAGACAUCGACUGACAGCGUAAAGCCGGUAGAUGCCGGUGGACAGCACAGCACACAUAUCUAUUAAAACAGUUAAAAUUAGAUAAUAAUCAUUAUAACAAUAAUGGGCCAAUGCCACGGAAAUAAAAUGUUGAAGUGUGUGGAUUAUAACAAACCAACAUAAAUAAAAGGACAUCAAAUAUCACCUUUAAUUUAAAGCUUCACAAUAUGCAGUGAGAGCACAUCAGUGUGGUUCAGGCUCUGCAUGUGACAUAAUAUUGUUGCCUAGAAACGACAUGCUCAGUGUUGAUUAUUUAGUUAUGUUUAGAGCUUUGUGUGAAUGUUUGCACUAAAUGUUCUUUUGAUUUCAAAUUUUAUUUACAUGAUUUAUGAAUUUUAAUCAGAACUUCUCACACAUGACCUAAAGCUGUUAUAUUGAAGUCUUUACCAACGGAAGCGAUGGAACAGUGAGUGCAGCUCCAAAUGCAUCCCAAUGAGAAACAAUGAGAAAUUUCAUGUUCAUUUUAUCAGUAGUAAUAUUUCCAUGUGGUCCUGUAAUCUUUUUUUCCAGGUGAUAUCAAAACUGAACUGAAUGAUGUGUGCAUAA